ACGACAAUCUGCAACUUGUUAACAACGGAUUGAAAUCCAGUAUCUCGUUCAAUCAUUUCAAUGAGUUUCUAUCGACAAAACACACGUCUUUCUGCUCAACAUAAAAAAAGUGAAAAAGUUUUGUGCUCCGAACAAUCAGUUCAAACUGAUGAAAAGAGACAUCAACAUGCGUACGAUUCGUCUGGAGAAGUCUGAAAAAACCCCAUUGCCAGCGUUGAGUUACCGCAUUCUAACAUGGCAGAAACAGGAGAAGCUGGACGAAGUACCAAAUGUUUUGGUGGACACCAACGAUAUGUUGACGAUGGAGUCAGACAUGAAGGGCAUAUUACAUGCAACAAUGCCCCCGCAUCAUCCAUCCUCAAUACACAGUCAUUCGACAUCGCCGUACUUAGGAUCACUGAGUAUGAUGAACAUUGGACAAUCCCAAUUGUCCCAAUCGCAAUUAUCGCAUCAGCCGCAUAUGGCUCACAUGUCGUCGCACAAUUCGAGCAAUUCGAAUCUGGUCGGCAUGUCCUCCCAACAUCACAAUCAACAUAAUUCGCAUAAUACACACGCGUCACCGUUGCAUUCGCAGCAACAGCAAGUGACUGGCUUAAGUCCCGUCACAUCAUCGCAACAGCAGCAGCAACAACAACAAUCACAAAACCAAACGAAUUCCGCUCUCAGUGGCCAUCACAUCACAUCGACAGGUCAAACUCAUCCGCACGGCCUUACAUCAAACAAUAACAACAACACCUCAAAUAAGAAUCAAAAUUUGGAUCGGGUUAAACGGCCGAUGAAUGCAUUUAUGGUGUGGUCGCGCGGUCAGCGACGGAAGAUGGCGUCGGAUAAUCCAAAAAUGCACAAUUCCGAAAUAUCGAAACGACUCGGCGCCCAGUGGAAAGACUUAUCAGAGGCCGAGAAGCGACCGUUCAUCGACGAAGCGAAACGAUUACGUGCCGUUCAUAUGAAAGAACAUCCGGACUACAAAUACAGGCCGCGACGCAAGACAAAGACAUUGACGAAGAAUAAGGAAAAGUAUCCGAUGGGCAAUCCACUGUUACAAUCUUCCGAUCCGAACGGAAUUCGUAGCUCAGCAUCUAUAUCAGCCGUUCAACAAGCGGCUGCUGUUAAUCGUGAUAUGUAUCAAAUGCCACCGAACGGAUAUAUGCCUAAUGGUUACAUUAUGCAUGAUCCGACCGCUUAUCAAAGCCAACACAAUGCCUACAUGAGUAACUACCAUCGCUACGAUAUGGGUCAAAUGCACAAUGCAGCUGGAUCGCUGAAUUCAUAUAUGAACGCAACUGGCUACGGUAUGUACGGCACAGUCACAGGUGGACAAACAUCGCCGUACGGUAACAUUCAACAGCCGGGUUCACCAUACAGCAGUCUGCAACAGCAACCCGGAUCCCCAUACGGUUUAACGCAGCCCGGUUCCCAGUUAUCUUGCCAAAGUCACAGUCCCAGUGAAUCAAGCGUAAAGUCUGAGCCCGUGUCGCCCGGUCCACUGCAUCCAUCUCAUUCGCAGGGCGGCGACAUGCGAAGCACAUCGACCAACAAUAAUUUAAUGAAACGCGAAUACGGCCAGCAACCGGCCGGUCCCGAUCUAAAUCAAAUAAUGAACAUGUAUCACAAUAUGCCGGACGGUAUGUCAACGUCCGAACAUCAACGCAAUAUUAUGCACUAUCAGAACAGUGUGUCGCCCGAUUUGCAAAUUCAACAGCAACAGCAAUCGCUGCGAUCGAUGCCACUGGCACAUAUGUGAGAAUCGGUGUCGCUGUUGUCAUCGUAUCGGCACAGCGGCAGCUGUGGUGUGAUGCCGGACACAGGACUAAUGGACAUAUCGACACUGUAAUAAAGAAAAUCGGAGAAAAAUUGGAGAAAAUUUCCUCAAAAAUUUUUUGUGAAAAAUAAUUUCGAAAAAUGUUUUUAGUGAUUUUUGUAUAAAGGACAACCAAUGAACAAGAAGGAACAAAUUUAAAAAAAAAAGUAAUAUCGAAGACACAAUUGUAAUUCUAAAUAACAAAAAAAAAAUGAUUUUCAUCCAAUUUUCCUGAUGAUGACUAAAACCAUCAACAAGUUUGUUAAUAUUUAUAAAAUUGAAAAGAGAAUUUUCGUUAAAACAAAAAGAAAAUCUAAAAAAAACAAACAUUGAAAAACCCUGUGUGAUAUUUCCAUAAAAAAACAAAAGUAUAUGAAAGAGAAGAGAAGAGAAAAAUGAAUUAAAGUAAAGAGAAGAAGAAGUAAUCAAGUGUUCUCGGGUCGUUAUAAUUCUUGUAUGGCAUUAUAAACGGAUCUAUACAGGUACAUUAGACAUUAACAAAAAUCCUAUCGCAAUUUACACUUUUGGCAAAGUUUUUCUCUCCAAUUUUUUUUUAUUGUUUCAAAUUGAUUAUCAUAGAUCGGACCGACAGUUACAGAUUUUGUUUAACUCGGUCGAUGUUGUGAUUCUCAAUUAUUUCAUUAUGACAAAAAUUCUUUCUUUAUUUUAUAAAAUGUUCAAUGCAAAAUCAACCUUUUUUCCAUAUUUUUCGUUCGAAUACAAAAAGAAAAUUCAGCAAAUAAUUCUCUCUAGUCGAAAACCAGUGCGACUUUCUCACAACCAAAAUGUUUUCUUAUUUUAAUAGUAAAUGGAAGCAUUUUAUUGGAUGAUACAAAAUUUAACGAAAAUUGUUUAUUUUUUAAGAAACAUUGAGAAAGCCGAGUAGCAUUAUGAAUGUAAAAGAAGAAGAAAGAAAAUAAUCGGAUCCACUUUCCACCAAAAACGGUAUAGACAUAAUAUCGUCGGGCUUUAUGAUACACAAGAAAAUUAAACAUUUUAUUAUUUGAAUUCUCUUAUAUUAAGAAAACUAUGAAUUAGAAGACGAUUUUUUAAAGACAAAAUCAAAAUCAAAAAGAAAAAUAUUUUAAUUUCUCGGUUACAAAAAAAAAAACAAAAUUAAAAUUGCG